AUGGCGGCAGUCGCCACGUACAAGCCAGCGACUUCUAUCGCGCUGGUGAUCGAAGUGGAUGGGACAUUUCGGUGCCCAGCGGCAGCAACAUGCCGUGGCAGACUCGGAGGAAUUCCAUGGAUUUUGUCGCAACUGCAAUUGUUGAUUCGCGAUUCGCACACGCCGCGGUUCCAUUUCGACUUUACCCACGACAAGCACACGAUGGCGGACGUCGUGACGGAGUUCAAGGUGGGCAUGACGUGCGAAGGGUGCUCCGGCGCAUGUGAACGCAUCCUCAAGAAGAUUGCAGGAGUGACGUCGGUGUCUUGCGACAUUCCUGGCCAACAAGUGCUCGUGACCGGGACAGCGGACCCCGCCGUGAUGCUGGAAGCACUGCUCAAGUGGUCCAAAGCGAGUGGCAAGAGCGUGGAAUUGGUCCAGUAA